AUGUCUGGUCCGCUCCCUAGCAACGUCCUCGCGACGCAGUACGUCCAGGGCGUGUAUAUCCCCUCCGCGCUCCUCAUCGUUGGAACCGCCAUUAUGAAGAAGGAAUGGGUGCCGUACGCAGUGGCCCUCGCCGUUGUUCUAGGCGGAUGGAAGGUCUUCUCCAACAGGCAACGAAAAGUGCUGAAGCCCGCCGAGUUCCAGCGGUUCUCGCUAAAGGAAAAGACGAUAUUGUCGCAUAACACCGCGAUCUACCGCUUCUCCCUCCCCAACCCCUCCGACAUCCUCGGCCUCCCCAUAGGCCAACACAUCUCCCUCAACGCCACCAUCGACGGCAAAGCCGUUACCCGCUCCUACACCCCGAUCUCCAGCGACUGGCAACCCGGCCACUUCGACCUGCUGAUCAAAUCCUACCCGACCGGCAACAUCUCGAAGCACGUCGCAGGGCUCCGUAUCGGCGAUACCAUGUCCGUACGCGGCCCCAAGGGCGCCAUGGUCUACACGCCGAACAUGGUGCGCGAGUUCGGUAUGAUCGCCGGCGGCACGGGGAUCACGCCGAUGUUGCAGAUUAUCCGGGCGAUCAUUCGCGGGCGGCCGGCGAACGGGGGGGAGGAUCGGACGAAGGUGAGCUUGGUGUUUGCGAAUGUGAAUCCGGAGGAUAUUCUGCUGAAGGAGGAUUUGGAUGCGUUGGUGGCGGAGGAUGAGGGGUUUAAGGUGUAUUAUGUGUUGAAUAAUCCGCCGGAGGGAUGGAAUGGGGGAGUUGGGUUCGUUACGCCGGAGAUGAUCAAGGUGAGUUUCAAGUAUAUUGGCGGCCUAUUUCCUACGGAAGAUGUUGCUAGUUGGAUUGCAUUCGCUGACAUUGUAAAUCAGGCUCGCCUUCCUGCCCCUGCCCCGGACGUCAAGGUCCUCGUCUGCGGACCUCCUCCUAUGGUUUCCGCCAUGAAGAAGGCCACCGAGAGUCUGGGCUACCAGAAAGCCAAGCCCGUGAGCCGUCUGGAAGAUCAGGUCUUCUGCUUCUGA